AUUUUAAUGCCCUUAUUGGGGUACCAGUUGUGCUUCGCCAACUUUCCUUUGUUCCUUAUGUACGCUAUUUAUGGUAUUCCUUCCUUUCUUCCUUCAAAAGCCAAAAGGCAUCGCAACCACCAUUAUGCUUCUCGCAACUUUUCUAGAGCACUAAGGUCAUCAGCAGGUCUGCCCUGUAAAGGAAUGUUAUAGGAUUUCGAUAUAGACAUUCAGAAUGGAGGAUUCUGAAGGAAAAGCCUUCAAUACACCAAUGCCUGAAAGUUUAGAUGCCAAUGAUUAUUUGUUAUCAUUUGGGAAAAGCUAUGGAACUUAUGGGAUUGUGGUUGCUGUUAUUGUUGCCACGAUAAUACCUGUAUUGCUUUCCACCAUUUUCAUGGGAAAGAAAAAGGGGAAAAAGAGAGGAGUUUCAGUAGACGUGGGUGGUGAACCAGAUUAUGCUGUGCGGAAUGCUCGAAUGACUGAGUUGGUUCAGGUUCCUUGGGCAGGGGCCACAACAAUGGCAGCUCUUUUUGAGCAAUGUUGUAAAAAGUAUUCACGAGAUCGAUUUAUUGGAACAAGAAAACUAAUUAAGAAGGACUUUGUUACUGCUAGUGAUGGCAGGAAAUUCGAGAAGCUACACCUAGGGGAUUAUGAAUGGCAAACUUAUAGACAGGUUUAUCAUCGUGUUUGCAACUUUGCAUCUGGGCUUGUUAAUUUUGGUCAUAACAUUGAUACUCGUGCUGCCAUAUUUUCUGAUACUCGAGCGGAGUGGCAAAUUGCCUGUCAGGGAUGUUUUAGGCAGAAUAUAACAGUUGUCACUAUUUAUGCUUCACUAGGCGAGGAUUCCCUGAUUCACUCUCUCAAUGAGACCCAGGUAUCGACCUUGAUCUGUGAGUCCAAGCAGUUAAAAAAGCUGGCUGCAAUAAGCUCAAGCCUGAAAACAAUUGCGAAUGUCAUUUACUUUGAAGAUGAUGAGGCUGCAAAUGUUUCUGGCUUAUCUGGAAGUAUGAGUGACUGGAAGGUUUCUUCUUUUCAUGAAGUUGAGAAACUUGGAGAAAGAGCUCCCAUUCCUCCUAGUCUACCAUCCAAGGAUGGAGUGGCAGUUAUAAUGUAUACAAGCGGCAGUACAGGUCUGCCAAAGGGAGUCAUGAUAACUCAUGGCAACAUUGUAGCCACUGCUGCAGCGGUUACAACGGUGAUCCCAAGACUGGGAAGGAAUGAUGUAUACUUGGCAUAUUUGCCCUUAGCUCAUGUCUUUGAACUAGCAGCUGAGUCUGUGAUGCUGUGUGCAGGUUGUGCAAUUGGCUAUGGUUCACCUUUGACGCUAACAGAUACUUCUAAUAAAGUCAUGAAAGGGACAAAGGGAGAUGCUUCUGUAUUAAAACCCACUCUCAUGGCAGCCGUUCCAGCUAUAUUAGAUCGUGUUCGAGAUGGAGUUCUGAAAAAGGUUGAUGAGAAGGGAGGAUUAGCAAAGAAACUUUUUGACAUUGCUUAUAAUCGCCGCCUGGCAGCCAUAGAAGGAAGCUGGUUUGGUGCUUGGGGACUGGAGAGAUGGUUGUGGGAUGGUAUUGUUUUUGAAAGGGUACGUGCUAUACUUGGAGGGCACAUCCGAUUUAUGCUCUGUGGUGGGGCUCCUUUAUCUGGGAAUUCCCAACGCUUUAUCAACAUUUGCAUGGGGGCUCCCAUUGGUCAAGGAUAUGGCUUGACAGAAACAUGUGCUGGAGCUGCUUUUUCUGAGUGGGAUGACACAAAUGUAGGCCGAGUUGGGCCACCUCUUCCUUGUUGUUACAUCAAGCUUGUCUCUUGGGAAGAAGGUGGGUAUACAUCAUCUGACAAACCAAUGCCUCGAGGAGAGGUUGUUGUUGGGGGAUUUAGUGUAACUACUGGCUAUUUCAACAAUCUUGGAAAAACUAAUGAGGUGUACAAGGUUGAUGAGAAGGGCAUGCGCUGGUUUUACACUGGAGACAUUGGACAAUUUCAUCCUGAUGGAUGCCUUGAGAUUAUUGAUAGGAAAAAGGAUAUUGUCAAACUUCAACAUGGAGAGUAUAUAUCUCUUGGAAAGGUUGAGGCAGCACUGAUCUUAAGUAACUUUGUUGACAAUGUGAUGGUAUACGCAGAUCCAUUUCACAAUUAUUGUGUAGCUUUAAUUGUUCCAUCACGCCAGGUUCUUGAGAAGUGGGCUGUAGACGCUGGCAUUAAGUACAAAGAUUUUCCAGAGCUGUGUGGCAAACCUGAAACUGUUGGCGAGGUGCAACGGUCAAUUUCAAAGGUGGGAAAGGAUGCAAAACUGGACAAGUUUGAAAUACCUGCAAAGAUUAAAUUGCUAUCAGAACCGUGGACACCUGAGUCUGGAUUAGUUACUGCCGCUCUCAAAAUAAAGAGGGAACAGCUGAAGGCCAAGUUCAAAGACGAACUUCAAAAGUUGUACGAGUAAAGCAUAAUGAUAAAUUAUAUUUCACCAUGAUAUGCUCUGUUUUUUGUGAAAUCUGUAGCCUGCUACUCUGUAGGCUUCUGUAUUUUCCUACAAAACAAGAUUUUUAUUGAGUUGGUAUAAAUUAUUGUAGUUGAUAUCUAUGUAGACCUGGGGGUCAAAAGAAAAUCUACCAAGUCGGCAGAGAGUUUAAUACAUUAAUACUAAAUCCUUGUCCCCCCACCGAGGGUUUCCAUAGCCAUGAUUGUGGUUGUAAUGCUUAUAUUUUGCAUUUUGA